AAUCAUAGGCGGGAUUUCGAAUAGUGCUUUACGUCAAGUUUCUUCCUUUGGUGAAGUCAUUUAGUCCAUCACUUCUUGGCUUGUCAGUUUCGUAGUUUAAAUAAAUCGUUGGUUACAGAUACGGCGAUAACAAUGGACCAUCCCCUAUGCAUUCCCAAUUGUCAAACUGUUAAUAAUGGACCUAUCUUAACACUUCCCGAUCUCCCUAUUUUGGAGUUUUGUGCCAUUUCCUUAAAAUUUUCUAUAACUGCUCUUCUAAAGUUUCCUAAAAAAAGGACAAAAUUUCCCACAAAAUAGGGAGAUUGGGUAAUAUGUUAUUGUCGAGUGUAAAUAAAUCUAACACAACAUAGAAGUCUCAAAUGUCUUCUGAGAGAAAUCGUUUUGACUCAUGAAGUUUGAUAAGUAAUUCCAAACUGAAAUCGAUGUCUUGGUCGAGUAUUAGAUCUUGUUUCAUAUGUAGUGGACAACACGGCCGAAGCAUUCAUCGAUAGCGUUUCAGAUUUUUCAUAAGCCGACUGGCAGUAUUCAGUUUUCUCACAUUUUGCAUUAAGAGCAUAACAGAACCGAUGUGAACUGGGAAGGUGUUCUCUAACACACGAAAAAAACAAGACCUUAUACUCGAUCAAUAAUUCGAUUUAAAUUUAGGUUUAUCCAUCAGACUUCAUGAUUCGAAACAAUUUGUCUGUGGAUCCACAGAAGUCUAACACUCAGUGUUAGAUUUAUUUACGCUCGACAAUAGCAUACCAAGGUUCUUCGUAGCAGUUUCAUUAUUAACAUUUUGACAGUUGAGGACGCAGAGAAAGAUAUCUGAAUGAGCUACUUCCCAGGCUCGGGAUCAUUCAUACAAGCGAUUAGACGAAUAAUGUGUUCAGUAUUUAGCUGCUCACCAAAAUUAUACUUAGAAGCCCUAGUUUAAGUAAUAGUAUUAAAUCCCUGGUUUUAAGCAUGAAAUAAUGUGUUGUGUUACGCACUAUCACGGGUUUAAUACGAUAUUACAAGAAGACCAGUUAAUAAUCGUUCUAGUUUGUGGAACCAAAGCAAAGUUAGCUAAAAAAAUUCCGGAAUUUCCAGCAAACCAUGUACUUCGUAUAGAAGCCAUGGAAUCCGCGGCAAUCUCAUCUUUCUUUAGGUUAUUUGAUAAAUAUCAGGCGUUGAGCCGUUCUAGGUAAUAUUCGCCUUCCCUCGGCGACAAUUCGGUAUGUUGGGUUUCAAGAUUAUUAGGAUCCAGGAUAAGCCCAACACUGAAUAUGAAAUUUUCUAAGUAUCAAUGACGCUGUUGCAGUAACAAAAACAGCAAUAGGAAAUGAAUAAGAAGUAUAGUAUUAUAUUAUAUAAUUAUAGUCGAUUGAGACAAAUGAUAAAGCACUUGAAAUGUACGCUGAUUUAAAUAGACACCCACCACUUAGAAGUGGUGAUGUAUGUACUUUUGAUGUAGUUACUGGCUAAGCAUUAUUUUCAAAUUGUCUUGCACUUAAAACCAAAAUAUUUAGUUUAUAAGAACUACACUGGUUUCCGAGUUCUCUCUUGAAAGUUGUUAACGUGUUUAUUAAGGUGCUAUUUAAAGAAGACUGCCAUUUUAGUGAUUGUGCAACCUUGUUGACUCUGGUCUUAAUGACGCAUUACAUCCUAUCUUCUUUGUUUACAUUGAGUUCUAGUGAGUUAAGGUGCGAUAAACAGUAACGAAAAUUUCCACAUCUUUAUCUACACUUCUAAAAGCACAUUUCGUUUUGCAGAUGACUCAUGCUAUAAAUAUGUCCGCUAAAGUAUGAAUUGUCACCCUAUGGUGAAUGGUAUUCAGUAUGUUGAACCCAAAGGUUUUAACACACGGUCAACACAAAUCUCACACCAACUGCACAUAGGAAAAGUUCGGUAAACCUAUUUGCGUACUGCUUUAUUCACAUUGUUACUCAGAUGCAUAUCACUUUAUAUUCGACGCCAUUCCGUUUAUGAAUGUUACUACGCAUCGCACUGAGAAAUAUGUCGAUAAGCAUGAACAUUUGGUGACAGUUUUUGUUGAUACAUAAAUCAACAAAUAUAUACAAUUAGACCCCAAAUAGUCACAUCUACUUGUGUAUCGUCGCGAAAGAGAAAAAUACCCGUACUGGUUAGUCAUACGUAAAAUCGAAAGGUGUAAGACACUUGCCAGAUUGGAAAUACCAUUCGCAUAAAGUACAUCCUCUGUACAAACUGAGAGUCAGGAUGAAAAAUAUUGAUGUGCAGAAACCAGGUAUUUUGCAUUUAAUCCCAUAUUGAAAUAGUUAAGUUAAAAAAGAAAGUUGAUAAAACUUAAGAAGGCGAAGGUUCUUCUUACUUACGCCUGUUACUACCAAUGGAGCACAGAUCGCCGACCAGCAUUCUCCAACCCACUCUGUCCUGGACCUUCCCUUCCAGUUCUAUCAAAUGUUUCUCAUGUCUGUCUCCAUUUUUCAAGAUGAUGUGUUCUUUGGUCUUCCUCUUUUCCCUUGGCCUUGAUGAUUCCAGUUAUAAUUUGUCAACAAUGGGAAACUAAGUACAAACUUCGAAAGUACUGUCUUUUAGUCUGAUUAUAUGCAAGAGUGCAUCUUAGAGCCGAUCAAAUCCCAUUCUAUUGAUCCUAACAGUAUCUGUUCUCUGGCGUGUUCUAUCAGUAAUGACAGUAGCAAUACAUAUUUCACAAAAAGGGUUGAUAGUAAAAUCCAGCCUAGGAUAAUUUUAAAGUUGAUUUUAGGUAGUACAUAGGAUGGAAGUAUAAUGCUAAAAAAUGCACACAAGGUUUAUAAUUAAGAAACUUAACCGUUUGGACUGGUCACUCAAUCACUGUCUGAAGAGGUUUUUAGUGAGCUAGUAACCCAACAAAAUCUGGGGAAAAAAUAUGGGAAAUUCAGGAUUUCUGAGUGGUACGGUUCUGUAACCCGAUGCUACUAAGGCUUAAAUUGUUCUUUUUGGAAUUUUUGUUCACUGAUCCUCGCAGUUUAUAAAACAAAUUUCAUCAUCAAAUGUAUCAAAACUACUCAUCACUGGUGUGACUGAAACAGUGUGUGAUUGAUAUUACUCCACCACUUUAGGUUGCACGUACUUAAGAAAUAAUUAGAACAAAUGAUACGAAAGCGAAGUACUCCUAUUAUAUUAAAGAGUUUGCAUUUACAUCUCUUUGCUUGUAAGACGCAUGAUGGUGAAACUUAGCAGGUUACUAGUUGUGAAUCAACUUUUAUGUUUCAUCUAUCGUAUCCUUAUCUACUCAGUUGAUGAUUUCGUCUUAGAACAUAUUAAGCUCUGGCGUAAAAGUAACCAGUGCCUGAUAUUGGAGGAUUUCAAUGCACCUGUUAUAAAUUGGAAAGGUUUAUCCCCAAUGGGACCCAACAGUGUGCUCGAUAGUAGUCUUCUUAUGUCUGCGAUGAGGAAUGCUUUGUUACAGCAAAUAUUUAAACCUAUACGUUUGGGCAUUUGACUCCUCAUUUUUGCAGCUACUUUGAUUUACGUUUAGCCAGCGCUGGGAUGAUGGACACGGUACAGGAUAUGAAAGAAAGUUGCACAAGACUGACACCUAUCGGUCCUUCACGGCUUCAUGGUUAGGGUCCUAAAUACAGGGCAAUUCAGUGGCUUGAGACGUUAUCAGACAAAGUUCAGAAAGGAAUCUAGUGGCGGCCCUGUUGUAUUUUUUUUUACUUUUUCAUAAAAAACAAGCAGAACCUUAACUAUUAGGAUUCUUCCCGGUUGUAUUUUUCUUAACUAAACUGCUCCUUCUAUUAUUCACUACUCACUUAUUUUUAUCCCAUAUUUCGUCAUACCUUUCUCUAUCGUCACAGUGUCGUUUUCUUAUUGUGAAGCGUGUAUCUAGGUGCCCAUUAUUCAUGUUUUAAUAAAUAAAUAAAAACAGGUGAAUGACAAACACAUCUCCCAUUGCCUAACUCAUGGUUAAAACAGGUUAUAAGAUAGGUCUUAACUCAGCAUACUUAGUCUUGUGUAGAAGUUAUCUAAGGCAAAUACUUGGGUUUGUUAGAGCGUUAGUCAUACGGAAACCUGCCUAUGCUCGAAAAUAAUUUUCAUUUACACUAAAUGUACGCUGAUAAUACUAACUUAUCGUUCAAAAUGCCGUGAUUCAUAUCGUUUUUCCUUAUUAUCACCUCUGUAUUCCAAUAUGUCUAGUUUAGCAUUUAUUUUUCUGAUGUCUCGACAAGUAAAUACAUGAUCAGAUUGUUUAGAAUGUAUUGCGUUAAUAUAUCAUGUGGUUAAACGCUGUUUUCUCUUUGCAUUAUCUAAGAAUGUAGUAGUUGAUGAUGAAAUUAGUUUAUAGUGUGAAGUAAUUCUUCUGGAACUAUUAAAUGUGGACUUGGACGAAUUUCAGUUUUUCAUGCCAUUAAUAUUUUUAUUUUUCUCUCUCCCUAUAUAUAUCUGAGAUUGUUGUUUUUCUGAAUGUUUCAGAUUCUCCAACUACCAUUUACUAAAUGUGGAGACAAAAAUUGCUUCUCAGUGUUAGGUUAUGUAGCAAUCUUUGUAUGAACAAAGAAGUGUCUGAAAUUUCACGCCAUCGUGAUUGUUUACAGUUAUGGAACGAAAUUAAAGAACAACAAGUUAACCUUUACUUGUCACCACGUGUUGAGAAAGUCAUAGUUACAUAUCGUGGAUUUUUAGGGGAAUCAACUUUGGAAAUGACUAAAGGUAUAUCAACACCUCUAGAUUGUGCAAAGCAUUUGUCUGAGAUCUUGGUCAAAGAAAGUGUUAUUGCUAUGGUUAACAAUAAUCCAUGGGAUAUGAAUCGGCCACUGUCAUGUGAUUGCUCACUUGAUUUUGUGCAAUUCAAGGGUCCUCAUUAUGAUCCGACAGUUGCAAAUAACGCAUUUUGGCAAUCAUGUACACUCCUUCUAGCCGCCACUUUAGAAACAGCUUUUCAUCAAGAACAUAAUGUUCGUGUAAUCAAUCUCCCUUUACUUAACCCAAAAAGUGGUGGAUUCGUAUGUGAUAUUUCAUUUAAUCCAGGACAUCAAUCUUUAGAGAAUUGGACGCCUUCACCUCAAGAAUUAUAUGCAUUAAAUACACAUAUUCAACGGAUGGCUGCGGACGACUUAAGUUUUGAACCUUUAGAUGUAUCAAUUCACAGUGAACUACUUCAGAAGUUAUUUUCUGACAAUCCAUUAAGAUCACAGCAGAUUAGUCAUGUAUUCAACGAACAUCAAGACAGUAGUAAUACACUACAACUUGACUUAUCUUCAAACAAGGAUAGAUUUACAGAAAGGUCCACCCUACCUGUAUACCGAGUGGGGAAAUUUGUUGAGGUACCGACAUCAAACUCUACCUAUUAUCAUAACAUUGUAUUGACAUAAAAUGGUUACUGUGCCGUUAAGUAGUGAAGGUUCUUACUGAUUUAGGUCUAUCGACUUAAUUCAAAAUAGAGUCACACGUUAGUAAAUGUAGGUCAUAAUUAUCGGAUGGAUCUAAAAAACUAAUGUAAAAUAUCCCAUCAUUUCAAUCGUAACGUACUGUUACAUUUUCUCAAGAAAAAGAAAUAAGUUUUUAGGCAUUCGUAGAGCUGUGAAUAAUCAUUUCGAGCUUGUUCACCAAACAAUCAAUUGCUAAGCCCGAACCAUUCUGUCAGUGAAUUAACCAGUUAGUAUCAUCAUUCCCUAUUAAAUAAUUAUCUUACAGCUUGGAUUGAUUUAUUUACAAAUAUUUUAAAGGAUAGUUUAGUUAAGACAUAAUUCUUUCUAUAUUGUGAUGAUAUAUAUAAAUGCAGAUAUAGAAAAGCAUUCAUUGAGGCUAUUUAUUUUAUUUGAACACAAAUAUUCAUACGAGGGAGCACCGACUACAUAUGUGCCUCAUAGGUCAGUUGGCUUGUGUGUGUGCUGUGAUACUGCCGGGGUACCCAGACCAGAGGCAAUUUUCUAGCUUUCGACCUAGAGAUCUAAUCCAAAAGACAGUGUGGCAACGUAAGGAGAUGCAGUCCCGUUGCGGCCGGUGACUAAUAAUUGGUUCAAACACCAUUUGUUCCUCCAAGAUACUGGAGCCCAUGUGCACCAAUGGUUUGGAAUCAGGGUUUUCCAACUCUGCCAGGUGGACUCUCCGUCUCCUUAGUUUCGUAAACACUCCCGCUACGAUAAGGUAGUGAGUAGGACUUCCCUGUCAUGUGAGAGCAUUUCGAGAAACCUAACUCUUCCCACUCUCGGCCGUACCAGGGCAUUUGGCAGCCAAUGUAAUAAUGCGCGAAGCUUAUACCACAUAUAUGUUAAUAAUAAGCGAAUGCAUCGGUAAAUGCAAAUCUCAUUUAGACACCAGGCUGAAUACAGUUUGUUACGUGUCGAAAAGGUAAGAUAUGCUCUAUAUGCGAUUUGUCUAAAAUUAUGUGGAAUAUUUAUCUUAUUCUGUUUUAUUGUGUGAAAUGUAUAGUAUUUUUGGCGAUUCGUUAGACACAAAAUUUGUUGAUCGUACAACAAUUUUACUUUAUCGUUUUUAGUGUUUCACUAAUGGCCCAUUAAUCCGAUCAACUGGCCUUAUUGGAAAAAUAUCCAUCAGUUCAUUUUCCCGAAUAGGUCAUCUUCGAGGAUCUUCAAGUAACGUUGUCUAUCGUGUUCAAGGUGUGGCUAUUCCAUCUGCAUUCCUUACACAUUUCACGACAUUUCAUCGUCUUAUGGAAUGGUCUAAAUUACCGAAUUCAGAAGUCGACAUUUAUCCAGAUUACGUGGAACCUUUACCAUGAAAGCCAAACUCAGAUAUUUGUAAAUCUCGUUUUCUACUGCAUUUGAAAUCACUACUUUGUUUAACUAUUCAACAGAGUACUACAAAUAGCAAAUUGAUCUGUUUUCGCUCUUGAUAAUUAUGAAUUUACAACCAUUAUUUCGUCAUGUAGUGCCUGAAGUUUGCUGUGUGUGGUUGCUUAGUUAACGCUCGCUGACUGGAAACUACAGCUGAGCAGCAAAAUGCCGUUCGUAGUUCAUUGCACCGUAAACUAUGAAUAUAAUAUCACCAAUCAUUCACGAUUUUGUUGUUAAUUCAAUAAAUUUAGUGUGCUCAGUGUAUUACAAGUUUCAUAGUACAUUAGUUAUUAAUGUCACAAAUGAAUGGUCCACAAUUGCCUUAGGAAUGGAUGUCUCCAGAAGAUGCCAUAGCGUUUUCCAAACCCACCCUCCGUUAUCCUAACUAUGCAACUGACUUCUCAAUCCAUUAUUCAGUACUAGGUUUUACCAUCAUGCAGAAUUCUUUUCAGAAACAUCAAAACAAAGUCGGUUGACAAUUAGUAGGCAGAAUAAAAAAGAUCCACCGAAGGAAUUUUCUUUACAAUGAAAUCAUUUACUCAAGUUGUACAUUCGCAUUUAUAGUUGUAUGGUAAAUAAAAUUCUAUAGAAGGAUAGAAAGGGUCGUAUCAUAAAGUGGUCUGGGAGGGUGCGCAAUAAUCCGGGGGUUAGAGAAGAAUAGAGUGGAAGUAAUUUACGGGUUAAAUUUUUGAUAGUUAUCCCCUUGACAGAUAUGAAGAAAAAAAGAAAAGCAUAAAGUUCAUAAUACUUACUUAACUUACGCCUGUUACUCCUCGUGAAGGAGCAUAGGCCACUCACCAGCAUUCUCCAUCCAACCCUGUCCUGGGCAAUCCUUUCUAGCUCCGUCCAGUUAUAAUUCAUCGUUUUCAUAUCUGCCUCUAUUAUCCGACGCAAUGUGUUCUUUGGCCUUCCUCUUUUUCGCUUCCCUUCAGGAUUCCAAGUUAGGGCUUGCCUCGUGAUGCAGUUUGACGAUUUGCGUAAUGUAUGUCCUAUCCAUUUCCAUCGUCUUUUCUUAAUUUCUUCUCCAGCUGGAAGUUGGUUUGUUCUCUCCCACAGAAGGCUAUUGCUGAUGGUAUCCGGCCAAUGGAUGUUGAGUAUCUUGCGUAGACAGCUAUUUAUAAAUACUUGUACCUUCUUGAUGGUGGUUGUUGUAGUUCUCCAAGUUUCAGCUCCAUACAGUAGAACUGCCUUGACGUUCGUAUUGAAGAUUCUCACUUUGAUAUUGGUUGAAAGUUGUUUUGAGUUCCAUAUGUUCUUCAAUUGUAGGAAUGCGACCCUUGCUUUGCCGAUCCUCGCCUUUACGUCUGCAUCUGAACCUCCUUGUUCAUCGAUGAUGCUUCCCAGGUAUGUGGAGGAUUCUAAGUCUUCCAGAGUUUCGCCAUCAAGAGUGAUUGGGUUGCUAUUCUCCGCUUUGAAUUUGAGGACCUUGGUUUUCCCUUUGUGUAUGCUGAGGCCUACUGAUGCAGAGACUGAUGCCACACUGGCUGUUUUUAUCUGUAUUUGUUCAUGUGUGUGCGAUAGGAGGGCUAGGUCAUCUGCGAAGUCCAAAUCGUCUAAUUGAUUCUGAGCUGUCCAUUGUAUUCUGUGUUUUCCUUCAGAUGUUGAGGUCUUCAUAAUCCAGUCGACCACCAGAAGAAAGAGGAAGGGAGAGAGUAAACAGCCUUGUCUGACUCCGGUCCUUACUUGGAAUGCAUCUGUCAGCUGUCCUCCAUGCACUACUUUGCACUGUAGUCCGUCGUAUGAGUUCCGGAUAAUAUUGACAAUCUUCUCAGGAACUCCGUAGUGUCGAAGAAGUUUCCAUAAUGUCCUCCUAUCUACAUUGUCAAAUGCCUUUUCAUAAUCAAUGAAGUUGAUGUACAGUGACGAGUCCCACUCAACUGAUUGUUCGGCGAUGAUCCGUAGUGUCGCAAUUCGGUCUGUGCACGACCGAUCCUUACGGAAUCCAGCUUGUUGAUCUCGAAGUUGGGCGUCUACUGCAUCUUUCAUCCGGUUCAGCAACACUCUGUUGAAGACUUUCCCUGGUAUUGACAGUAGUGUAAUGCCUCUGUAGUUUUCACAUUUGCUCAGAUCUCCUUUCUUUGGAAUCUUGACGAGGUGUCCUUCUUUCCAGUCCAUCGGCACUUGUUCC